GUCACCGCUGUGUCAUAGGUCACGUGUGUGUGUUUGUAGCACUUACGGUGCGUCCAUAGCGGCGUUAACAUCAGUCCUGUCAUAGAUUCUCAAAAUGGACACAGACUAUGCUGCACAAACAUCACCGUAGAAAGCACGUUCCUGCACUUCAGAACCGAGCCCUGCUACAGCGAGGAUGUUCCCCAGCCUGGCCCACAGACCAUGGCACGUCCUCUGCAGGGUCUCCUUGCAGCGCAGGGCGCCUCUGUCCCAGCGGACCCCGAGGUUCCCCAAGCAGUGUCAUGGUUGGCAGAGUGGAGGCAUCCAUAGCCUGUGGUUCAGCCUCCCAGACUGCCGUGUUGCCUCUCUAGGGCUGGGCAAGGUGCACUACUACUCUACCUCUGGCAGCAGUAAAGACGGUCCUCCACAGUCAGCCUCAGGUGAUGCUCCGUCAGCAGAGAAGGUCCUGUCUGCUGCGAUCAAAGCCACCCCAUCUCCAUCAGAGCCGACACCUCAGGGGCUGACUAAAGCUGAAACUAUUCAAGUGAAAGUUCGAGCAGUCCUGAAGAAAAGGGAAUAUGGAGCGAAGUACACUCAAAACAACUUCAUCACCGCGGUCAGAGCCAUGAAUGAGUUCUGCCUCAAACCAAGUGAUCUGGAACAGCUUCGAAAGAUCCGAAGGCGAAGCCCCCACGACGACACGGAGGCUUUCACUGUCUUUUUGCGGUCAGACGUGGAGGCAAAAGCAAUAGACGUGUGGGGAAGCCAUGAAGCUCUGGCCCGAGAGAGAAAUCUAAGGAAAGAGGUCGAGCGGGAAUUACAAGAGAAUAUUUUCCGCAAUCAGCAGCUGUUGAAGGAGUACAAAGACUUCUGGGGAAACACUAAGCCUCGAUCAGGCAAGAGGGCGACAUUUCUACAAGGGCCGGGGAAGGUGGUCAUGGUUGCUAUUUGCAUCAAUGGGCUGAAUUUCUUCUUCAAGCUCCUGGCCUGGGUCUACACUGGAUCAGCUAGCAUGUUCUCCGAGGCGAUCCACUCCCUGGCCGACACCUGCAACCAGGCUCUGCUCGCCCUGGGGAUCAGCCAGUCUGUCCGCAACCCUGACGCAGGCCAUCCGUACGGCUUCUCCAACAUGCGCUACAUCGCCUCCCUCAUUAGUGGUGUGGGCAUUUUUAUGAUGGGCGCAGGCCUCUCCUGGUACCAUGGCAUCAUGGGACUGCUGCACCCAGAACCCAUCGAAUCGUUGUUAUGGGCUUACUGUAUUUUGGCGGGCUCUCUGGUGUCUGAAGGAGCAACGUUACUAGUGGCCGUCAAUGAGAUAAAGAAGAGCGCCCGCCAGAACGGAGUUUCGUUUUAUGAAUACGUAAUGCAGAGUCGGGACCCCAGUACGAACGUCGUGCUGCUGGAGGACGCUGCUGCUGUGUUGGGAGUCAUCAUGGCUGCUGGCUGCAUGGGGCUCACCUCACUCACAGGUAAUCCCACCUAUGACAGCUUGGGUUCUCUUGGCGUGGGCACGUUGCUGGCCGCCGUCUCAUCCUUCCUCAUCUACACCAACACAGAGGCCCUGCUGGGAGGCUCCAUACAGGCCGAACGAGUACAGAAGCUGACAGAGUUCCUCGAGAACGACCCCGCUGUGAGGGCCAUCCACGACGUGAAGGCCACUGACCUGGGACUGAGUAAAGUGCGCUUCAAGGCUGAGGUCGACUUUGACGGCCGAGUGGUGACGCGGUCUUAUCUGGAAAAACAAGACAUUGACCAAAUCCUCACCGAUAUUCAGCAGGUAAAGACCCCAGAGGAGCUGGAGAACUUCAUGCUGAAACACGGGGAGAACAUCAUCGACACCCUCGGGGCCGAGGUGGACCGCCUGGAGAAAGAACUCAAGCAACGUAACCCAGAGGUUCGUCACGUAGACUUGGAGAUACUAUAAUCCCCGUCAGGUCUGUGCUGAGGGAACGUCCUGCUGGAACCAGAAGAACCCGCGAGAGGAAAACACGACAGGGCCGAGCCCGCCUCCACAAUCUGCCUCCCAUCCCGACCGCCGCAUACACACCUCCGUCUCUGUCAUCGAGUCUUGAUUAGACCACAACCAUGAAGACGACGUCCGCGCCGUGAUCAUGCUCUCUUUGUGCUGCCUGAGCUUCAGUUUCUGAGAUUUCAACCUGGCAGGGAGCCGCGUUCACACUUCAAUAGUGUGUGUUUCUUGAAUUUUAAGAGAAAUUUAAAUCUCUGUUGCAGUUCUUCUCUCUCACACACACACACACACACACACACACGGAUACGACAGUAUAGUCUUACAGUUGUUGGCUUGAAGUCACAUUCCACCUUGAAUGUGUGUUUUGGAUUUGGUAGAAAUCACGACCAGGACCAGGACCAGUUUCAUUAACUAGACUUUACUUUAACCUUAUGCUUGAGUCGCAGUGAUAGUGUUUCCUUCAUUAGCACAAAGGAAACCUGAGAGCUACAUAUUCAAAUGAGACUUAUUUAACUCCUAGACGUCAGAAUCUUUUUUUCUUUUAAAGUAAAAACUGAGGAAGUGCAGACGGCACGACGCUGCUGCAGCUUCUCCGUUUAAGACUUAUGAAUAGAUUUUAUUUUGAUUAUAGAAUAAUAUGCAAAUUCAGGUGUGUAAAAGGUGUAAGUGAGACUUUCCAUUCGAUCUAUACAAUAGAGUUGAAGAGUGAGCAGAUGUUAAAUACAGUAGCACCUAAUGAGCCACAAGUUCAUCUUUACAAAAGUCCAUAAAUGACAUUACAGGCUGUGGCAUCCCUCUCUGUCACUUCACUUCUCUCUGUGCCGGCUCCAAACUUUAACGUUGCUUAAAUUUGAGGUGUGGUAACUUUUGUCUUGGGAGUUUGGCUGCUUACCAACAGAUGAGUGAUUGUAUUGUUCCAAAGAUGGAAGUGCUGGAGAGAUGCGAAAAAUCUUUGCCCCCUUUUUUUUUUGUUUUCUUUUUUAACAGACGGUGUAAAUAAAUGGUCUGUGAUGAGAAAAUGUACCAAAACAAACGGACCAGCCCCCGAAUCCGACCGGCUUCAUCGAGCGUUUGAGCUCCACAGUCCGCACAAAAACGUCGGCAGCACUUUAACAUAAGUAAACAACUCGUAUACGUAAAGUGAUGACAUGACUCGGGAUGAUUAACGCAGGAUGUGUCACACGUUUCCUGUUUCUCACCGCUGACACAUGAGGGGAGGCACAUUCACAUCUGUUCAUUCAGUCACAUUAAACGACGUGUGACGACAGAAUUAGCUGGACUCCACUUUCAUAACGUUAAGAUCCAUGAACAGUGCCACUUUUGUCUUUAAAGGGACAGUGCAUAAGAAUUUAGUUGUGGAUAACUGAGCUAACCAGCCGAGGGUUGCCACAGUUAGCGGUGAAGUCUGGUGAUACGCUGCCGCCUUUUUGUUUUGAGUAUGAAUUGAACAGAUGGGUGAUUCUUACAUGUUGCACCUGCUAUCAGAGACAUCAAACAUUUACAUAUGAAACACUAGAAUGUACUCAGUAGAGCGUAUACCUCCGCCAAGGCCCCGCAGACUCCACAUUCAAACCUUGAAGAAAACAUGUUUAAAUUGGCUGGAUCCAGAUUUGGAUUUGGAUUCCCAACAAAUCUUACUCGCUUAUAGAUGCCAUCCACCUAAAAUAGAUCCACCUGAGAAAUGAAUGAAAAAUGUUCCUGGAUCCGUCUCUUUAUCUGGAUCCACACCACAAGUUACUGCCAUCUGUUCUGGACCGGGACUCGUCCUUGAUCCAAGUUUUGUGGAGCUCCGUUCAGUAGUUUCAGUAGCUGCAGAUACAUAAAUAAACUUUUAUGUAACAGCUGACUUGACAUGCAUUAGUAAAGGUGUGAACUUUCUCAACAGGUGAUUUUUUUUAAAAUUAUGAUCUGAUUGCGUGACGUCACACUAACUUGAUCAUUUGUUAAAGUUCAGUAACAGGAACUGAUGACAUCUCCCACAUUAAAUCACCCUGAGUCAUACUGAAGUGUAAUAUUUGUACUCUCAUUAUAAAAAUGUCAUUAUUCAGAUCGUUCCUGACGUCACCCUGUACAGUACGUGUACCAAAUAAUCUGCUGAAUAAUCUACUUGGUGUUUCUGCUGUAAUCUCUAUAAAACACGCAGCGACUGACUGCUUUUACUUCUCGUCCUGCGUCUGGUGUCACGGCUGCAGCGUGGACACAGCUCAGCAUGUCGCUGCGCUUCAGGAGGGCCGGAGUCAUUUCAUCUCAUCUGUUUUGGGGGGGUUGGUUGGUUGGACAUAUAUAUUUUUGAAGGUGUUAAUAGUGUAAUAUUUUCCCUUUGGUUAUAAUAACUAUGUUGCCACUGCUGAAGGAGUUGGAAUAAAUUUGAAAUAAUUUAUUAAAUUA